AUGAAGUUCGACAACCUGCUCGCAGAAGUCAACGGCUUCGGCAAAUACCAGUUCAGGACCGUGCUGCUGUUGGUCAUCGCUCGCCUGACGUUGCCUUUCCACUUCCUGCUGAACAGCUUCAUCACGCUGGUUCCUCCUCAUCGCUGCAACAUCGACAGUCUGGAUGACGUUUUUACCAAUUUGACAAACUGGCAACAACUUGCUGUCAGCAUUCCCACCCAGAAUGAUGGCGCUGUGAGCUCCUGCCUGAUGUUUCCUCAGCCUCAGUACCAGCUGCUGCUCAACACCUCAAACUUCACCGAGACUCAGACGGUUCCGUGCAGCGACGGAUGGGUUUACAAUUACACAGUCGUCAAACCAACACUGGCUUCAGAGUGGGAUCUGGUGUGUGAGAAUAGAGGACUCAAUAAAGCCAGUGCCACUAUUUUCUUUGUUGGGGUCACAACUGGAGCGGCUGUGUUUGGCUAUGUCAGCGACAGGUUUGGACGGAAGGCGAUGCUCUUGGUUUCUUACCUGAUGACCGCCUUCUUCGGGUUUGCGAGUGCUUUCUCGCAUAAUUAUGCCAUGUUCGCUGUCUUGAGGUUCUUCACUGGACUCGGGACCUCGGGUAUCAGCAUCAUCACCGUUGUGCUAACCAUUGAAUGGGUGGACAUCAAAAACCGGACCCUGCUUGGCGUUCUCCUGAGCACGGACUGGUCUCUCGGCAUGACCAUUCUCCCUGCAGUUGCCUACCUGGCGAGUGACUGGAGAUACUUAACAGCUGCAGUCACCAGCCCCUUGAUACCUGCGAUACUUUCCUGGUGGUGGCUCCCCGAAUCUGCCAGGUGGCUGCUAAGCAACGGAAAAGUGGACAGAGCCCAUUUUUACCUGCACCAGUGUGCAAAAGUCAACAAAAGAGAACAAUUCUGCGCCGACUUGAAACCAGAGCUGUUGCUCAAAGUUGUAGCUGUAGAGAAUGAAAACAGAAAAUAUUCUUACUUGGACCUUUUUAGGACCCCCAGAAUGAGGAGACUGACUGUGCUAUCUGGACUGAUGUGGUUCGGCUUGGCCUCCUCCUACUAUGGAAUUAGCUUGAACAUCGCAGGGCUGGGCACGAAUGUUUACCUCACACAGUUCCUCUACGGUGUGAUUGAAAUCCCGGCGAAACUGUUCGUGCUCUUCACCUUAAAUAAAAUCGGUCGCAGAAAGAACGAGACCGGCGCACUCCUGCUGACCGGGCUGUGCAUUUUCUGCAGCAUGUUCAUUCCCACAGAAAUGGGGCAGUAUCGGAUGACUCUGGGAGCUUUGGGCAAAAUGUUUUCCGAGGCAUCAUUCACUGUUGUGUUCCUGUACACGACAGAACUUUAUCCGACUGUGAUGAGACAAAACGGACUUGGCUUCUGCUCCUUUGUCGCCCGUGUGGGCGUUGCCGUGGCCCCUCUCAUCCUGCUUCUUGAAGAAGUGUGGCGCUACUUGCCCAGUUGCAUCUUCACUCUGGUGGCUCUCACGGCUGCGCUGUGUGCUUCUCUUCUGCCGGAGACGAACAACAUUCGACUGCCAGAGACGAUUGAAGAUGUGGAGCUGAGAAGAAGCAGUGCAGCAGGCAGCAUGAAGUUUGAGGACAUCAUAACCGACAUUAAUGGAUUUGGAAGGUUCCAGAAGAUGAUCAUUGUCAUCAGCUUCAUCGGCCGCUUCACUCUCCCGUGCCACUUCAUGGUGAACAACUUCAUCUCAGCUGUUCCUUCUCACCACUGCGACCUGGAUGAUGGAGGCACUUUAGAGAAUCUGACUCUGGCUCAGAAGCUGAGGGUCAGUAUUCCAGUGGAGGACGACGGCUCUCUGAGCUCGUGUCAGAUGUUUGCAGAACCACAGUUCCACCUUCUGGGCAACUGGUCCAACUCCUCUCAGCUGUCCACCGUGUCCUGCAGGAGAGGAUGGGUGUACGACAACAGCACCUUCAAAUCCACCAUUACCUCUCAGUGGGAUUUGGUGUGCGACAACAAAGGAAAGAACAAGGCGACGGCCACCAUCUUCUUCGUGGGCGUGAUGUUUGGAGCUUUGACAUUUGGCAGUUUGAGCGACAGGUUUGGUCGCAGAAUCAUGCUGCUGGUGUCGUACGUUUCCGCGAUCAUCUUCGGAAUCGCGUCUUCUUUUUCCACGACCUACGUCAUGUUCGCAGUGCUGAGGUUCUUCACAGGGUUCUGCAUCACCGGCAUCGUCAUCGUCACCUAUGUUCUAAGUGUUGAGUGGGUGGACAUCGAACACAGGAAGAUCGUGGGAGUCAUCGACAGCCUGUCUUGGUCUUUUGGAAACACCAUGUUGGCAGCCAUUGCAUACAUGGUGAAUGACUGGAGAUGGCUGGUCAUCGCCAUCAGCUCUCCUCUCAUUUUGGGGAUUCUGACCUGGAGGUGGAUGCCAGAGUCUGCACGGUGGCUCAUCGCUAACGGAAAGCUGGAAGACGCUAAAACACACUUGCACAGAUGCGCCAAAAUGAACGGAACAGACAAUAAAACACACAGCCUAGAUAUUAAGGUGAGGAUAUGUUGAACUACGCUUUCAACUGUCGUGGUGACGGCGAAGAAAGAUCAAACGUACACCUACCUUGACCUGAUUCGUACGCCCAAAAUGAGGAUAUUGGUUUUACAGACUGGUAUAGUUUGGUUCUGUGUAGCAACAGCCUUCUACGGAAUCAGCUUCAACAUCAGCGGCUUUGGCCUCAACGUCUACCUCACUCAUUUCACGUAUGCUGUCGUUGAGCUCCCAGCCAAAGUGUCAGUUGUCUUCUUGUUGGAUCGAAUCGGCAGGAGAGGCACAGAAGUGGGAUCUUUGCUGAUGGUGGGAAUCUGUUUAGGAAUCAACAUACUGGUCCCGAGAGACCAAGUGGUGGUCAGGACUGUAGUUGCAGUGACUGGAAAGGCUUUUUCUUCAGCCUCCUUCGCUACGAUUGUCCUCUACAGCUCCGAGCUGUAUCCCACUGUUGUCAGGCAAAACGGGAUGGGCUACAACUCCUUCAUGGCUCGACUGGGUGUCGCGGUCGCUCCCCUUAUUCUGCUGCUGGAUGAGGCGUGGAGACACCUCCCGCAGGUCGUCCUCUUCUCCGUGGCCAUCUUGGGGGCAGCCGUGGCCCGGACGCUGAGAGAGACGCGCGACCAAUGUCUGCCCGAAACCAUUGAGGACGUCGAACAGCAGCGGUGA